AUGGCUUCGGUCCGGCCCAAUGCUGGAUCGACCGGGGAUCUGCUAAGGCUGAGGGUGAUGGAUCCCAUGGAUAUGGAGUCUGGAGGCCAAGGAGUCAACCCCACUCUUGCCAGGUCCUUCCCAGCAAAGAAGGGGGCGUCAAUGGGGUUGGCAAAGGUGGACUCAAAAGUGCUGUACGUAGCAGCUGCAAUCUUCGGGUUGGUGGUUCUCUAUUUGGGGGCUCACACCUCCUUUGUGGGGGUCUUUGUGCUGGUGACGUGCUUCGUCAUGCUGGUGUUUGCCGGCUGGCUGGCAAAGUGGGUCAUGGCCAAAGAUGAGGGCACCGUGGACAUGCAGGAGGUUUCUGAGGCCAUCAGGGAGGGAGCAGAGGGAUUCUUCAAAACUCAGUAUGGGGUGAUCAGCAAGCUGGCGCUGGUGGUGUCGGCUGUCAUCUGCGCCAUCUACCUCUUCAGAAUCCAGACCCCCGAGCAGGAGAAGGCCGGCCUCACCAGGACGACGUUGGCGCUGCUGACGGCGAUGUCAUUCCUGCUGGGAGCGCUGUGCUCCGGGGUGGCUGGCUAUGUGGGCAUGUGGGUGAGCGUGCGCGCAAACGUGCGUGUCUCUGGCGCGGCGCGGCGUUCGGCACGGGAGGCGCUGCAGAUUGCGCUGCGCGCCGGCGGCUUCUCCGCGCUCGUCGUUCUCGGCAUGACGGUGCUGGGCAUCACGAUAAUGUACAGCGCCUUCUCGUUCUUCUUCGUGUCUCCGGGCGGAAUGGCCGCAGCGGACAUUCCACUGCUGCUGGUCGGCUACGGCUUUGGAGCCUCCUUCGUGGCGCUCUUUGCGCAGCUGGGCGGCGGCAUUUACACCAAGGCGGCUGAUGUGGGCGCGGAUCUUGUGGGCAAGGUGGAGCAGAACAUUCCAGAGGAUGACCCCAGGAAUCCUGCGGUGAUAGCGGAUCUGGUGGGUGACAACGUGGGUGACUGCGCUGCGAGGGGCGCUGACCUGUUUGAGAGCAUCGCCGCUGAGGUCAUCAGCGCCAUGAUCCUGGGAGGCACCAUGGCAAAGAAGGCGGGUAUUGAGGAUGCGAGCGGCUUCAUAAUGUUUCCGCUGGUGGUGCACACGAUGGAUCUGGUGGUCUCAGCAGUCGGCAUCCUCUCUGUGGGCUCCAAGUCCUCCGCCAAACCCAACCAGGCCAUAGAGGACCCCUACGAUGUCAUCAAGGGAGGGUACAAGGUGGCAGUGCUGUUGUCAAUUGUGGCGUUCAUUGCCUCGUGCCGGCUGUUGCUCUACUCUGCCGUCGCACCAGCCGCCUGGCUGCACUUUGCUGGCUGCGGCAUGGUGGGCAUAGCGAACGCGUAUGCGUUCGUGUGGAUCGCGCAGUACUACACCGACUACAAAUUCAAACCCGUGCGCCUUAUUGCCGAAGCUUCCACGACCGGCCACGCCACAAACAUCAUCGCAGGAGUGGGACUCGGACUUGAAUCGACCGCGGCGCCGGUUCUGGUCAUGAGCGCCAGCCUCAUUGCCUCCUACUGGCUCGGCAACACAUCAGGUGCCCAUGCUAGCCCGCCCUCGAAUGCGGACGGCUUGUUUGGGACGGCGGUGGCGACGAUGGGCAUGCUGUCAACGGCAGCCUACGUUCUCACAAUGGACGUGUUUGGGCCCAUCUCGGACAACGCCGGCGGCAUCGUGGAGAUGAGCCAGCAGCCAGACAGCGUCAGGGAAAUCACCGACCUCCUGGACGCAGUGGGAAACACGACAAAGGCGACCACCAAGGGAUACGCGAUAGGCAGCGCCGGUCUAGCAUCGUUCCUGCUCUUCACUGCCUUCCUGGACGAGGUGGCAACCUUCUCAGGGCAGCCCUUCGACCAGGUGGACAUAGCGACGCCGGAGGUGUUCAUUGGGGGACUGCUGGGCGCCAUGCUAGUCUUCCUCUUCAGCGCAUGGGCCAUCAUCGCUGUGGGCCGCUCAGCCCAGGCAGUUGUCAACGAGGUGCGGCGGCAAUUUCAGGAGCGGCCGGGGAUAAUGACGUACGCGGAGAAGCCCGACUACGCACGCUGCGUCUCCAUCGUCGCCACCUCAGCGCUCAAGGAGAUGAUCCGGCCGGGGUUGUUGGCGGUACUGUCGCCUUGCGCGGUGGGCUUGGGAUUCCGGGUGCUCGGCUACUACACGGGGCAGACCCUGCUGGGGGCCAAGGCCGUCGCCGGGCUGCUCAUGUUCUCCAUGGUGGCAGGGAUCCUGAUGGCGCUGUUCUUGAACACGGCGGGCGGCGCGUGGGACAAUGCAAAGAAGUACAUAGAGAGCGGCGCGCACGGCGGCAAGGGAUCCGACGCACACAAGGCCGCCGUGACGGGGGACACCGUCGGAGACCCGUUCAAGGACACGGCAGGACCCUCGCUGCAUGUGCUCAUCAAAAUGAUCGCCACCAUCUCGCUCGUCAUGGCACCCCUUUUCUUGGACUGA